AUGGCAAUUCGUGGAGCAUCCAUGGCAGGGCUCGAAGAUGACAAGGAUGGUCUCGACCAUGACGCUGUGAUGCCUGGCUUCCGCUUUCAUCCCACCGAGGAGGAGCUCGUCGAGUUCUACCUCCGCCGCAAGGUUGAGGGGAAGCGUUUCAACGUGGAGAUCAUCUCCUUCCUUGAGCUCUACCGCUACGACCCGUGGGAGCUCCCUGGUAGGACAUCACAACCCAAACCACCGCGCUACUCCUGCCCCUUAAAUCAAUCCUUCCCACGAGAUUUCCAGGGAACCAAAGUGAUAAAAAAUUAGUCCUUGAUCCAUCCCGAGGAAUAUCACUUAUCUGCGGCCGAUCCUUGCCAUCGUCCCUAAUCGUGAUCUCUCGUGAACCUUUCAGCGAUGGCUACAAUAGGGGAAAAGGAGUGGUUCUUCUACGUGCCCAGAGACAAGAAGUACCGGAACGGCGACCGGCCGAACCGCGUGACAACGUCAGGGUAUUGGAAGGCCACCGGCGCCGACAGAACUAUACGGACGGAGGGUUCGCGGUCCAUCGGGUUGAAGAAGACCCUCGUCUUCUACUCGGGGAAGGCACCCAGAGGAGUGCGUACGAAUUGGAUUAUGAAUGAGUACCGGUUGCCCAGGGACGAGACAGAACGGAACCAAAAGGUGCGCUCCGAUGGAGCUAAACUCUGGUCGUCCAUAGUAUCCAUUGAAUAAUUAACUACUGCCUAGAAACCCACUCGUAGAGUGAAGCUCUUGGGACCCCAGAGAUCGUCAAAUCAUCUCUCUUUCUCUCUCUCUCUCUCUCUCGCAACCUCUACUUCUAUCUAUCUGUCUAUCUUACCUCCUCAUUCUUCAUGUUCUUAAGAGUCGAUCCUCGACUGGUCCUAAUUUAGUUUGAGGAUGUCCUACUUGCACUAUAUACGAUGGUCUUGAAGAUCCCUCUCCCCCCCUUUCCAAAUCGUUAGAGAUGAUUCAAGAUGAAAAUGAUUUGAAUUAACGCUAGGUGAGCUCUGAUCUUGAAAACAUCGCAUUUUAUCUCCUCCCGCCCUCAACACCUAAUACAGAUUUUGGCUCACCUUGGGUCAGUUCUUCCACCUGUUCAAGAAAAUAGAUCACUGAUAAAAACCCAGUUUUUGCAGGCGGAGAUCUCACUGUGUCGAGUAUACAAAAGAUCUGGAAUUGAAGAAAACAGUCGUGCCCUCUCCUCCAGGCCAUCUUCAUCAAGAGGAGCGGGAUCCGACAAGAAACAAGCCGCACGCCACCAGCCCACGGCGAACUUCCAGGACCUCACUACAGACGCAUCAUUCCAUGUGAUGGAGAAGAUAGCUCUCCCCACGUUGCACCGGCAGGCUCCUUACGGCACUUCGCCGGGCCCCAUCGCUUCCCUGAGCUCAACAACAGAAGAGGAACUCACUCCACUUCAUGCGAAAGAUAUCGGUUCUCUUAUACCGUCUUCGGUGGCUGCCGUUGCUACCCCGGUCGAAGAGGCCCAUAGAAUAGUCGGAUACAACCAGAGCUCUGGUAGCCUCCAUCAUCAACAGUUUAUUCUGUUACAGCAAUCUCAACUUCCUCUCACCUCGACGCCCACCUCCAUGGCGGGGUUCCCAGACAAGCUCUGGGAGUGGAACCCUCUCCCGUAG